GUCGGUCUCGUUUGUGAGUCGCCGUCGUUCACUUGGAGCUCCGCCCCCGAUCAAAGCAUCCAUGGCCUGGAGUCAACGAGCACUUUGACGCUGAGCAUAUUCUGCUUCCUGCUUGCAACCGUCAUGUCGUUGACCUCCACUGUAAAAAUAAAAAACGAUUGUAGUCAAGGCCACUGCGCUUUGACCGGUGAGUCACAGUCUCACAAACAUUCAAACAGUUUAAACGGUAACCACACGCGCACGCACGCACACACACACACGCUUUGAACUUUGUUCCCGUGAUGGUGGAGUCCAACUCAAAAGUCGUCGAACUUUCACUGGUCUCGGACUCCACGAAGCGGACGCAAGAUGCUUGGUGGCUGCUGCUUGCUUCUCUUUGUCAUCGUCUCAGGGUUGCGUCGAGCGUCUGCGGACGACGGCGGCGGCGGCCACGCCUUAACCGAGGCAGCGGAGAACAAGGCCGCCGUGACGGAUGAACAGAAAGAAUAUCUGCGAUGGUUUUAUCGCACCGAAGACCCGACCGUGUGGAAAUUUGUGCUCUUGGGUUUGGCCUUUGUCUGCCUUCUGGUCGGCUUCCUCUUGCUGGGAAUGGGCGCCAUGGCGAGCAGGAACAGGAGGAAGAUUGCUAAGUACAAGGCGGCCGCCGCCACCGCCUUGGCCCACAGAGGCGAAGAGCAGACGUGGCCUGGAGACCACGACGAAGGCCCGCUCGCCUGCGCCGGCACGCUGUCGUCGCAGAGGACCACGCAGUCGCCGGCGAGGGAGCCGCCUUGCAACGGCGACACCGGCGACAUGAAAGCGGGGAGCAUCGUGCUGACGUGGAAGGACGGAAACACGUCCUGCCUGUACCCUGACGCCGAGGUCAAGCCGGAUGACGAGGGCGAGGCCCCAAUCCAACGGGACGACGACGAGGAUGAGAUGAAGGAUGGAGGAGACAGAUGAACAUGCCCACAAGGACAACAACAUCUCUCUGACUUUUCUACUUGAAUGCCGAUAAAGCGGCUGUGCAUCCACUGAUAAGAGGAGGAUGAUGAUAUUGACCCAAAAAAUUGGCCGCACGGGUCAACACAAUGAAAUGUAAAUCAUUCAAUAUAAACGAUCAAUCAGUUACUGUUUGAAUCAAAGAAUGACUUCCAGGAAAAUGUCAAGAAAUCAUGCACAAUGCAAAUAAAUGUUCAUGCAUGGAA